AUGGAAAACUGCAAAUCCGAGAAACUUCGCGAACUUGUGUUGGAAACAAUUGGUCUUUUUCCCCACCAAUACAGCUAUCAGGCACGGUAUAUGAAAGAGCAAGCAGAGAUACGCUUCGGCAAUUGGUGGUCAGCUGUCAUCAUAGGUGAUCGAGGUGGUUAUGGAAUGAGUGCUAUUUAUGAUCAAUAUGCCAACACAAGUUGUGAAUUGAGGAUUUUCGAUACAUUCUACUGGAUAGGACGAACAAGCUAG